GAAGAAACAGCGCAGAGAAACACGCCAUAUUUGGUAAUACCACAUGGCGGACCUUGCCUCGUGUAAUAGAGGUAUCGAGGUGUUAAGCCAAGAGCGGCGUCACACGCCAUGAGAGCCGCACCCCGUCCGCUUCUGUUCAGGAGGCCACUUCCUCGCCGCAGCAGCGGAUCGACGCAUCAUCAUCGUGCGCUUACCUUCUCCUCGGCACGCCGCCGGUGCGCGUCUCAGGGGUUGUCGUCCUUCUCCGGCCUGGAGGAGGAGGAGUUUGAGGUGCUGGACGCGGAGUCCGGCACGGUGCGGUGCGCUGCCAACUAUGCGCCGCUGACGCCGCUCAGCUUCAUCGAGCGCGCCGCGGCCGUGUACGGCGACCGCCCCGCGGUGGUGUACGGGGAGUCCUGGUCUUGCACGUGGAGCGAGGUCCGGGAGAGGUGCUUGCGCGUGGCCGCCGCGCUCGCCGCCCGGUUCGGAGUUGCCCGCGGUGAUGUGGUUGCUGUUCUUAGCCCGAACGUGCCGGCGAUGUACGAGCUACACUUUGCCGUGCCCAUGGCAGGCGCGAUCCUCUGCACCUUGAAUACACGGCAUGACGCGGCCAUGGUGUCCGCGUUGCUGAAGCACUCUGCCGCCAAGGUGUUGUUUGUCGAGUCAGGCCUCCUUGAGGUUGGGAGAGCUGCUCUGAAUAACCUCGCCGGCGACCAGACUAGCGCCACGGCCCUUCCAGUCCUCAUAACCAUCUCACACGAUGGAGGCUGCAUCAACUCCGCCUACAACGACUACGAGAGUCUCAUCACAGAAGCACCAUUAGGGUUCGACAUCCGUUGGCCCCUGAAUGAGUUGGACCCCAUCGCGUUGAAUUACACGUCUGGCACAACUGCGAGGCCCAAGGGCGUGAUCUACAGCCACCGGGGCGCGUACCUCAACACUAUUGCAACGGCUCUCACGUACAACAUCACUGUUACGCCGACUUACCUGUGGACCGUGCCGAUGUUUCACGCCAAUGGGUGGAACCUAUCAUGGGGCAUCGCCAUGCAGGGCGGUACCAACGUUUGCUUGCGCCACUUCACGGCAAAGGUCGUCUUUGAUAAGAUCUCACAACACAAGGUGACGCACAUGGGCGGGGCACCCACAGUUCUCAACAUGAUCGUCAACGCACCAAGUGGUGACCGAAAGCCACUGCCAGUGAUAGUACAUAUCAUGACCGGCGGCGCCGCACGGCCGCCUAACAUCUUGUCCGGGAUGGAGGAACUUGGAUUCAUAGUAUACCAAAUGUAUGGUCUUACUGAGACUACCGGCCCGGCCACCAUCAACACAUGGAUGCCGGAGUGGGACACGUUGCCGACCGAGGAGCGCUCAUGGCUCACGUUGCCGACCGACUAUUCGUUCGCAUCUCCUCCCACUGGCGUCGUGUCUCUGUCCUUCUUCUCCAGCCUGGUAGGGAGGGAUCAGGAGGAGGAGGUGGAGGUGCUGGACAUGGAGCGCGGCACUGUGCGGUGCGCGGCCAACUACGCGCCGCUGACGCCGCUCAGCUUCAUCCAGCGCGCCGCGGCCGUCUACGGCGACCGCCCCGCCGUGGUGUACGCGGGGAGGCGGCCAACCACGUGGAGGGAGGCCCGGGACCGGUGCGUCCGCGUGGCCGCCGCGCUCGCCACCCGGUUCGGCGUCGCGCGCGGCGAUGUGGUGGCUGUUCUCAGCCCGAACGUGCCGGCCAUGUACGAGCUACACUUCGCCGUGCCCAUGGCCGGCGCUGUCCUCUGCACGCUCAACACGCGGCACGAUGCGGCCAUGGUGUCCACCCUCCUGAAGCACUCCGAUGCCAAGGUGUUCCUCGUCGAGUCAGGCCUUCUCGGCAUCGGGAGAGACGCGCUACAGCGUCUUGCCGACUCCAGGUCCAGCGCCGCCAGCAUUCCGGUCCUCGUAACCAUCUCCGACGACACCGACUCCAUCGACCCUGACGCCUGCGGAAAUGAGUAUGAGGCUCUCAUCAAGAGUGCCCCUUCGCAUUUCGACAUCCGCUGGCCGGCGAACGAGCUGGACGCCAUCACGCUCAACUACACGUCUGGCACGACGUCGCGGCCCAAGGGCGUGAUCUACAACCACCGGGGCGUGUACCUCAACACCAUCGCCACGGCCCUCGCUUACGACAUCACUCCGAUGCCGAUGUACCUGUGGACGGUGCCCAUGUUCCACGGCAAUGGCUGGAGCAUGACGUGGGCUGUCGCCAUGCAGGGUGGCACCAACAUCUGUCUCCGCCACUUCACGGCGAGGGUCAUCUUCGACAACAUCGCACGACAUGGAGUGACACACAUGGGUGGUGCACCUACGGUUCUCAACAUGAUCGUUAAUUCGCCCGCGGUGGAUCGAAGGCCAUCGUCGGCCGAGACGGUGGUGCGUGUUAUGACGGGCGGCGCGCCGCCGCCGCCCCGCGUCCUGGCUAGAAUGGAGGAGCUUGGCUUCGUGGUAUAUCAUAUAUACGGCCUCACCGAGACGCACGGUGCAGCCACUGUGUGCACGUGGAUGCCGGAGUGGGACGCGCUGCCGGUGGAGGAGCGCGCACGGCUCAAGGCGCGGCAGGGGUUCCAUCACAUAGCGAUGGAGGAUGCCGGUGUCAAGGACCCGACCACCAUGGAGAAUGUGCCGCACGACGGCAAGACGGUGGGCGAGGUGAUGUUCCGUGGCAACACGGUCAUGAGUGGGUACUACAAGGAUGUUGAUGCGACCAAAGAGUCCAUGGCGGGAGGGUGGUUGCGCACAGGGGACCUUGCCAUCCGGCACCCAGAAGGGUACAUCCAAGUCAAAGAUAGGGCCAAGGACAUCAUCAUAUCGGGCGGCGAGAACAUCAGCUCGAUAGAGGUGGAGUCCAUAAUCUUUGGCCACCCAGCGGUGCUCGAGGCAGCGGUCGUGGCGAGGCCCGACGACCAUUGGGGGGAGACACCAUGUGCCUUCGUCAAGCUGAAGGAUGGCGCAAGUGCCACAGAAGCAGAGAUCAUAGGCUUCUGUCGGGAGAAGCUGCCACACUACAUGGUGCCCAAGACAGUGGUGUUUGAGGAUUUGCCCAAAGCUUCCACCGGGAAGACACAGAAGUUUGUUCUUCGGGAGAAGGCCGGAGCGAUGGGAAGCCUCACGAAGGCCGGAAACAGCAAAUUGUAG